AUGGCGGCCAUUCUGAGGGCAAUGGAUAGCCUUGGCAUCCGGUUCGACAACGAAGACCAGGGUAUGGAGGACGCCGGAGACGUACUGGAAGUCAUCGUGACAAUGCGAGACAUGGAACCGUUCUCUCCAGAGCUCUUGCUGGCCAUGAAGAGGCUCUGGGCAGAUUCUGGUGUUCAGCAGUGCUUCUCCCGAUCCAAUGAGUACCAACUGAAUGAUUCGGCAAAAUAACCCGCCUUCACCCCAAAUCACUACAUGAAGACGAAAAAUCGAUACCACCCCAGUGGAUGCUAA